AUGCAUUGGACUAAAAUCCUCGCACUGGCACUAGCCGUGCCUAGCAUUGCUGUUGUCCGAUUCCAUUGUUCGCAGCUAAACAGCUUCAAUGCUACUAUGGAUACGAAGAAAGAUAUGCCAGGGGAAUCUACUUGCACGACAUGCCAAUAUGCUGAGGAUUUCUCAAACUACUGGACUGCGGUUAUGUAUUUCCGUGCGCAAAAUGGCAGCUACAAACGUGUCCCUCAACUCGGAAACAACCAAUUUACAAAUGCCAAUGGUGGUUUGACGGUCUACUACAUGCAAGACGCAAUCUAUGACCAACAACAGAAAUCAAAAGUCACAGCAUUCCAGCCAGGCUUCCGCAUGUUCAUCGGAGACAUCGCAGCCAGGACCCUAGCAGAAGCCGCCCGCUUCCGCCAACUAACAUACACCUGCCUCGACACCUUCAUCACCCGCCAACCAGAAAUGAUGGCCUUCCCCGACCACGUCUGCAAAGAAGGCAUCAUGACCACGCUCCGCUUCCCCACCUGCUGGGACGGCAAGAACCUCGAUAGCCCGGACCACAUGGCGCACAUAAGCUACCCCGAGACCGGGACCUUCGAGAGCGGCGGACCCUGCCCGUCCACGCAUCCGGUGCGAACGGGCCAGGUCAUGUUCGAGGUCGUCUGGGACACGAAGCCGUUCAACAACCUGACGUGGCCGACGGGCGGCAAGAACCCGUUCGUCUGGUCGUUUGGGGAUGCGACGGGGUAUGCGAAUCAUGCUGAUUAUGUGUUUGGGUGGAAGGGGGAUGCGUUGCAGAAGAUUUUGGAUACGCCGUGUAUUUUUAACUGUACGCAGGCGGGGGAUAAGAUUCAGGCGGUGGAUGAUAUGAAUAAGUGCACGCAGAAGGCUAUUGUGGAUGAGGAUAUUGACUCUUGGCUCCCGUCUCUCCCAGGUGGCUUUCAAGCUGAAUACGGCCCCACUUUUUAG